ACUAUGUAAGAACUUAUAUCUCAAAAUUGUUUAAUUUUUUUAGUUCUAUGUUUUGAAUGAAUUUGUAUUUUAAUUCUUGUAAUUUUAAAGUUUUAAAUAAUUUUAGUGUUUUUAUUUAUUUUAUAACAUCAAAAACUACUUCCAGCUUUCUGAAUAAUUUUUGUUGACACAUUUAAGCUAGUCAAAGAAGUAACAAGAACAACGCAUGUGUAAAGUAAAGAUAACAUACUUUUUCUAAAUGUUGUUAUCACAGGGAUGGAGAUGAACUUUAUCAUCAUAUGUGCACUUCAUACAAAUGCAAACAAACUAUCAGAAAAUUAUUUUAACUGCAAAAUAAAAUUGUACUAAUUAUAUUUAUUGUAAAAAUAAAAAAGAUAAUUUAAUGUAUUUAAAAAGAACUAAAUAUGACUACUAUUGACAAGCUCAUGUUAAAUAAAAUAGCUGUCAAAAUGAAAAGAUUCAACAUGAAUGAAAUUCAACAACUAUUAAAAAUCUUGCAUUUAGAUCUAGAAUGGAAAGAUGUUGUGGAAUUAGUAGCCGAAUGUCGUAUGCGUUUGAAUGUUGCAAAUAUAGUCUCAGUGAUUUUUCAGUAUUUAAGGGAUCAACAAUCUAUUACAGAAGUCUACCAUCGUAUAAUGCUUAGUGAUGUUAUUUAUCAUCAGAGUGGUUCUUGGUGGACUGUAACUUUAGAUAAAGUCAAAAAUAGUUUUUUAGAUAAAGAACGAAUAAGAAAUAACAUACAAGCUAUGUUUGACAAGUUGAAUAUUAAAGGUGUAACAUAUGUUAUGAAAUGUAACCAAUUAUUUUGGGUUUUGAUAGAUAUAAAUGAAAUGAAGAAGAGUAAAACCAAUCCUAAACUUAGUGCUCCAUUAUUUUUAACAAUCAUGCCAGGUACAGUUUCUCACAUUUUUUAUAAGCCUCAUAAUAUUGAUAGCACAUUAUUAAAAAUUGUGGUGAAGUCUGUUGGAGCAACACGUUACAAACCUUACCCAUUAUCAGGAAAACAUUUACAAUCAAUGGUAAAUUUUUUGGAGGAUAAAAAUAAGGAAAACAAUGCUAUAAAUUCUUCACUAAAAAGUAAUUACUGUGAUGAAGAUGUUCGAGAAUAUAUUCGUCAGUUGUUUGGUGAUAAAAAUCGAGUAUUAAAUCAAUUUACAAUAAAUGUUGAAAGUGACUUAUCAAUGAUUGGGAUCAACUAUCCAACUGGAAAAUUAUGUAAAGCACGAGUUGAGCUAAAGAGUGAAAAUAUAAUUGAAGGUAUUAAAGAUAUGAUGUUAUCUGGUGUAUUGCAACCUCCAUAUCCAGAUUGGGUUACAAAGUUACCAAUUUUAGGUAAAAACUCUGUAAAUAUUAACAUUUGUUCUUAAUAUAUUUAUGGCUUUGAAAUAUUUUUGUGAAAUAUGUACUUUAAUUAUUUUUGAUGUAUAAUUAUACUAUAUGUCAUUUAUUUUUAAACAGUAUUCAGUAAAAGUGAUUGAUUUAUAAUAAAUGUUAUGACAAUUUUUUUUA